AUGGUAUCAGAUAAUAAUAAAAUUUUAAACCAAUUACCAAUUGUUAUAAUAAAGAAAAUAUUUAGAGAAUUAGAACAUGAAAAACCUAAACUCUCAGCUAAAACAUGGUGUACUCAUAUGUUAAUGCAUGGUAUUCAUCAUUGUAAUUCCACAAGUGUUAAUGUUGUAAUGUUAUCACUAGUAUGUAAAGAUUGGGCAUAUCAAAUUAUACCAAGAAUUGAAUUACCAUGGUUCAUUUCAAAUGAAAAAGAGUAUACAUUCUUUAAGAGAUGGAAUGAAUUUGGUAUACUUUCAAAUGGUAUUACCAAAUAUCCUAAAAUUUUAUUUGAUCUUGACAGAGUUGAAUUAAAUUUUCCAGAUGAUUCUUUCAAGUAUCCAACAAUACCAAUUUUAGAAAAUAUUAAAUUAAUUUCAAAUUUUACAAUUGAUGAAUUAAAUAGAAUUCAAGAAAAUAAUAAUAAUAAUAAUAAUAAUAUUGAUAAUAAUAUAAAAUCAUUAAAAUCAUUAAAAAUUGAAUUAAAUAAUGAUAUAACCCAAUCAGAAUUAAAUAAACCAAAAAAUCAACAAAUUAAAACAUUAUUAAAAAAUAAUCAACAAUUAGAAACAAUUGAAUUUAAAGGAAUUAGAGAUUUUAAUAUAAAGAUUGAUUUUAAUUUAUUAAUUAAUGAUUUCUUAAUGAAUUGUAAUGAUGAAAAUAGAAUAACAACAAUAAAAUCAUUAUCAAUUUCAAAUUGUACAUUAAUAAAUUAUUCAAUAAAUAAUAACAAUAAUAAUGAUGAUAUUAAUAAUAAUAAUAAUAAUAAUAAUCAAUUAUUAUUAUUGAAAUCAUUAACAACAUUAAAAUUAAUUGGAGUAGAAUUUAAAGAAGAUGGUAAAAGUUCAUUAAGAUUGUUGAUUUCAGAAUUGGAAAAUUUAGAAUAUUUAAAAUUAAUAAAUAAUGAUAUUACAUUUAUUGAUUCAAUAAUUGAAAAACUUUAUUUUAAUAAUAAAUUAAAGUGUUUAACUAUAAAAGAACCAAAAGUAAUUCAAAAUAAUAUUAAUUGUUUAACAAUUCAAACAUUAAUUCAAUAUAAUACUCAAUUGGAGAAAAUUUCAUUACAAUUAAAAAAACUUGGUCAAUCAUAUCUUGAAAGUCCAUCAAUAAUUAAUUCAAAUAUAAAUUAUAAAAUUUAUACUGAAACUUUGGAUUUACAAAUUAAUGGUAGUGAAAAACUUAAAGUUUUAAAAAUUAAUUCAAAUUUCAAUGUUAUAAUUAAUCAUUGUCCUUCAUUAGAAAGAUUAUCAAUAAUUCAACAUAGAGAUUCAACAUUACCAUUCCUUUUAAAUAAUAUAUCAUUACCAACUUCACCAUUUAAAUCUUUACCAAAUUUAAAUUCUCUAACUUUUAUUGGUGCAAUUUUCAAUUAUUCAACAAAAGAAUUCUUUAAUGAAUUAUUUAAUAAUAAUAAUAAUAAUAAUAACAACAAUAAUAAAUUAAAAGAAAUUGGUAUAAUUGAUAUAAUAAAUCAAGAAAACUGUUUAAAUAAUUUAUUAAUAUCAAGUUUUAAUAAUAAUAAUAAUUUACAAUAUUUAAAAGUAAAAGUUAGUAAAAAUAUUUACAUAAAAGAUUUAUUGAAUUUAUUAGAAAAUUUGGUUUUAGAAAAUUCACCACAUUUAAAAUCAGUUGAAAUUAUUAUUUCAAGUGAUUCUAUUUAUAGUAAACAAAUUAAUAAAUGUUCAAAUUUAAUUUUUCUUGAAUUAUUAUCUGUACUUUGCUGCUCAUCAAACUCAAUGAUUAAAAAAAAUAAUAAGAAUUCAAAUUUAAAAUCAAUAAUAUUAGUAAACAAUAAUUAUGUAAAAAGGUGUCUAUGUAAUUCUAGAAAUGGUGCAAAUGAAAAUUGUACUUCUUUUAUUGACUCAACAAAUUUAAUUACUUCAUUAAAUUCUUCUAUUAAUAUUUUCUUACCUCAAUGUUUAAAACCAUUAUUUAAACCCUAUAUAACCUCAAUAAAUCACUUAAAUAAUAUCUGUUUUGAUAGAUGGUGA